GUCUAUAUCCUGUCUGUAACGCAGCAGAUACAGGGUUUUAUUUCGGAAUCAGUUUUUAAAUGCAUUAAAGUUUCUCAGAAUGUACAUAAAUGCGAAUAUUUGCAGUUUUCAGUAUUUUGCACACAAACCCCUCAUGAAUUUUCAGGCAUUUUGGGGCUAUAACCUCCCUUUUUUGGGGGGACCUUACUUGGGCCCCCUGAUCCCUGACUCACCUGGGCCCCACUACAUUGGGCUGUGCCAAGUGACACCAUCACCCUGAAGACUUCCCCACCCCCUUUUUUCUCCCUGUCCAGAGAAGGCACAAAAUGACUCCAAGUGCCCUGGCCAGCAGCUCGAUGCUUCCACAAAGCCUUUUCCACAUGGACAUUCAUCAAAAAAUGGGGGAAAAACCAAUGCAGGGCAGGGCAGCCCCAAAAAGCUCCUGUCCUGCAGGCCAGUGGCCGCCCCACGGCUCAGGGAAUGUCCCUGAGGAUGGUGCCUUGUCCUGGAUUGUCCCUUGGGACACUGCCAAGUGCUUCAGCAGCCACCAAACCACUCGUGUGUUAUCCGCAGCAUUACCAUCCUGAAUCCAAAUCCAGGAAAGAAGAAGUUCCCCGUGCCAGUUAAAUCCAGCACAGCAGCCAGCACACCCUGUCCCUGCUCAUCUCGCAGCUGGACACCUCAGAAGGAUUCUGUGAUGGACAGGGCCAAAACUCGUACUACAAUUCCAAAAGUGAACAGGCUCUGCCUUCCCAUCACCUCUGAGCUGGGUGACCUUAUGGCAGCAGGAUAAGAAACCAGUUAGACGGGAAUUUCUCUCCGUUAUCCUGAGCUGCCUGUGCCUGACGCAGGCAUUGUCCUUGAAUUCCUUUCCCAGCAGGGUCCAGUAUGACCUUCUCCACCAUUUUUCUUGGUAUUGAAGUUAGAUUAUCAGGGCUGGAGUUUCCUGGAAAAGUCCAAGUGGGAUACAGCUGGAGAAUGCCCAGCCAGCAAUGGAGUUCCUCAGGCGUCCAGGACCUUGGGUGGAAGAUUGAGGUGGCUCCUUCUGGGACAUACUGGGAUGAAUCCCAUAGAACAUUCCAGCCCCAUGGAUACUGAAGAGGUCCAAGUGGUCUCCAGUGAUCCCAAAUGGAAAAUCACCACCCCUCCUCUCCCGCUGGACACACAGAUAAGCCGGGGUGGCUGUGGGAGGGCAGGUGACCGGAGAAGGACACUGGGAACAGCUAAAAGCAGAGAGGACGCCCAGAGAGCUGAAUUCCCACAGGACUCUGCCACCCUGAGUGGGUCAGCUGUCUCCAGGAGGAUGCUUGGCGUGGCUUUGGGCAUCGGGGUCCUGCUGGCCCUGGUGGGCUGCACGGCCGCCGAGGGCUGUGUGGCCCCACAGGACAUGGUCUCCCAGCUGCUCCAGCGCUUGGAGGGAUCUGUAAAUCUCGAGGAGGCGGCAAAUCCCAGUGUCCUGCUGGCCAUGAACCUGGCUGGGGGGGACAGCGAUGGUCCCGUCCACAAGUGGCUGCUCCAGGAGAUCAAGGAGGAGGCCGUGAGGAGUGCCCAGAAAGACAUGACCUCGGGACAGGUGGCUCUGCACGUCCUCGCCCUCCUCUCCUCCUGCCAGGAUCCCCAGCGUGUCCAUGCCCUGGAGCAGACACUCGACCUGAUCCGUGUCCUGCAGCAGAAAACAGAUGAGGAGAUGGCCAAACUGGAGGCUGAGGGGGUUCCCAAAACUACCCUGUACAGCGUGGCCCUGGACACCAUGGCCCUGUGCCUGGCUGAGGCGAGCGGCGCUCAAGGGCCAUCGGUGGCCCUGGCCAAGCAGGUGCUGAGCCCUCAGAGCCACCUCUCCGUGGGCACCCGGGCCAUGGUGGCACUGGCGCUGAGCUGCAUCUACAACUACGUGGAGCUCCAGGACGUGCGGGAACUGCUCCAGGAGGCACUUUGGACAGUGAGCAACAGCUUCCUGGAUGAGCAGGAGAAGAGGAAUGGCAUGAUCGGGAAUAUCUACAGCAUGGGGCUGGCCCUGCAGGCGCUGGAGGCCACAAGGAAGUUUUACGCCCCUCGGAAGUGGGACUGCGCCCAGGCCUUCUCCGUGGUGUACGCCCACAACUACCAGCAGCCCAUGGCCAUGGCCCAGGUGCUGCCAGCCCUGGUGGGCAGGUCCUACCUGGAUGCGGCUGGCCUGGACUGCGCUGCCACCAAGGAUAUGUCCCCAAGCCAACAGUUGGCCCUGUUCCCAAAGCUGGGGACACACGGCGUUCCCAGAGGUAUGCUGAUCCCACCUGGAGUCCCCCAGACGCCGCUGGGAGGACGUUCCCACCCUGUGCCAGGUGCCCCGUUGUCCCACCUGGAGUCCCCCAGACGCCGCAGGGAGGACGUUCCCACCCUGUGCCAGGUGCCCAGCCGGCUGCUCUCUCCCUGCACAGCCUCCAUCCAGGUGUAUUACUCCAUCACCAACACGCUACAGGGAAAACACUUCAACUACUCCACCACAGUGACAGUCCCAAGAGGUUCCACUCUGCUCCGGGUGAUGGAGGUGGCAGCAGAGGAGAACCCCCAGACUUCAGGUGAGAGCCAGGAUGACUUUGGGAGUGGCAUUUCCCCACCCACGCCUGAGCCCCCUCAACUCUCCCACAGUUUUCAGACGGAGCAGACAUCCUGGGGUCCCUAUGUGACCUCCAUCCACGGGCUGGCUGGCAGCACGGAUGACAGGACCUACUGGCAUUUCCUCAGUGCUGGGAAUGCUCUUGAGGAAGGGGUCGGAACCUACAAACCACAUGACAGGGAGCACAUCCAGGCCGUCUUCAGCACCUACUGAUGCCACCAA